CAAAGGUCCGGCCAGAGCCGCAGUGCGACCACCAUGCCCGGGCCCGCCGCAAGUCUCUCGGCCUGGCUGGUCUCCGGGGCGGCCUUCGGGCUGGUGCUGGUGCUCGCCACGCCACCGCCGGCCGGAGUCAGCCGUCGGGCCGGCGUCACCAGCGACCUGCCCCGCGCUGACAACGCCACCCCGGGCUCCACCUACCUGGCGCAGAUGGACAUGGACAGGGGCUGGAUGUGCUCCUCCGUGUGCAGCAAGGCGGUGGACAAGCAGGUGGCGUACUGCAUGUGCGUGGGCUGCGACGAGCAGGGCCAGUGCGUCUACAACGAGCCCGACUGCGCCUUGAGAUGCAGGUGCAACUGCAACGGCAGGCUCGGCGACGUGGACGCGGCGGCCGCCGCCCUUACGAUGCCCGGGUGGGCGCCGACGCCGAGGAUGCCGACGCCCAGCGCGCCCAGCAGCAGCGCGCGCCCCUAGAGGACCUACCUACCAGGGCCGCUGGCGGGCCUCCCCGAGCGGCCGGGGACGCCGGUGCGGCGCGGCGACGGGACGGACCGGGCUGUCAGCGCUAACCUAUAAGGGACAGCUGCGGCUCCAAAUUAAGACUAGGCGCGCUCCCUCUCAGGGGCGGGCAGGGCGCGGCGGCGGGGCGUGGAGUGGCGGGGCGCGGCGAAAGAGGAACGGGUCGUCGGCUGCUACACACUUUCGCCAUUCGUUGUGCGUCCCGCGCGCCCCUCCGCCUCCUCCCCGUCCCAGAAAAACAAACGCCAUUCCUCCCCCCGACGAGCAGCAGGUGCAUCCGGCGCGGCGGCAGGAGGCGCGCCCGCCCUCGCGGCCCGUGAUAUUGUUAAUGCGGGUGUCCAUGGGCGUUGUUAAGUGCUAAUGGGGUUCCAACGCAGAGUACCUCAAUGAGUCCAACUCGGCGGGGCCCGACAGUCCCCCUCCCUCCACCGCGGGCUCCCCUCCGACCGCCAAGCCUCGCGGGGCGGUGCUCUCGCGGGGCAACGCACUUUGACAUACGGCUCCCCGCGGAGCCUCGCCGCGGUGCCUCGCGGUCUGGCCCGGCCGCCCCGGCCACCCCGGCGCCGCGCGUCAUACGCCGGGGUGCGAAAAUUUUUAGCGACAUUUCAUGCAACCGCGCAAUUACAAUACACGCAAAGGAGUGCGGCCUCCGCGAAAUAAACCCCCAGCAACACCA